AUGCUGUCUGCUUUAUGUACGAAGGCCCUUCGCGGCGCUCGGCCUCUAGAACGUGCUGCUUCCAGCGUCGUCGAAUUGCCCAAGUUGCAAGACUUUGGAGUUCAAAACGAACCGGUUCUCGCCUACCGGGAAGGCAGUAAAGAACGUAAGGAGCUUGCCGCAGAAUUGAAACGCACGGCUGCAGUAACCGAGGAAGUACCGAUUGUUAUUGGUGACGAAUUUAUAAAGGAGGGUGAUGUGAAAUAUCAAGUGAUGCCUCAUGAUCAUAACAAAAAACUAGCCAAGUUCUAUUACGCCAGCGAGAAAACUAUACAGAAAGCAAUUCAAGUGUCUGUGGAUGCCCAAAGAAAAUGGGACCGCACCCCGAUCGAAGAACGCGUACGCAUCUGGCAAAAAGCCGCCGAAAUGAUGGCAGGAGAACACCGCCAGCGACUCAAUGCUGCAACAAUGCUUGGUCAGUCCAAGUCUGUGGUUCAAGCUGAAAUUGAUUCCGCAGCUGAGCUCAUUGAUUUCUUCAGGUUCAAUGUAUACUUUCUAAAAGAGAAUGCCAAGUAUCAACCUAUAUCAGAAAAUCCCACCGUUACCAGAAACAGUUUAAGGUUUAGAGGAAUUGAUGGGUUCAUUGCAGCUAUAAGCCCAUUCAACUUCACUGCCAUUGGAGGAAACCUUGCUUACACCCCUGCCCUUAUGGGGAAUGGUGUAUUGUGGAAACCGUCAGAUACUGCCUUAUUAUCGAACUGGAGAAUUUUCAACAUCAUGAGAGAAGCGGGCUUGCCUACCGGAAUUGUUAAUUUUGUGCCUGCAGAUGGGCCUACUUUUGGACGUACCAUAACUACUUCACCAGACCUUGCUGGUAUUAACUUUACUGGUUCUGUUCCAACUUUUAAUUGGCUGUGGAAUGAAGUAGGGAAAAACCUUAACCGCUACAAGAACUAUCCUAGACUCAUUGGAGAAUGUGGAGGGAAGAACUACCACUUUAUCCAUCCCACUGCUGAUGUAAGAUCUGUUGUCACAGCAACAAUUCGUUCAGCUUUUGAAUAUUGUGGACAAAAAUGCUCAGCUUGUUCCAGAAUGUAUGUUCCUCGAUCACUGUAUGAACCUAUUAAACAAGGUCUUCUUGAGGAACGAUCGAAACUAAAAGUUGGAGACCCAAUAGACUUUUCAGUAUUUACAGGUGCAGUUAUUGACAAUAAAGCUUUUAGCAGAAUUACAGGCUAUAUCAAAAAUGCUAAAAACAAUGCUAAGAAUAAGAUCCUUGGUGGUGGUGAGUAUAAUGACAGCAAAGGCUACUUCGUUCAGCCCACUAUCAUUGAGACUGUGGAUCCACAUGACAAGCUUAUGACAGAGGAGAUCUUCGGCCCCGUUUUGACAAUGUACGUAUAUGAUGAUAAGGAUGUCAUGAAAACUCUCUCAUUAGUUGGUUCAUCAACUAAAUUUGCAUUAACUGGAGCUGUAUUUGCUAAUGAUAAGAACUUCCAAAUAACCGCACUUGAAGAACUCCGCUACACUGCAGGUAAUUUCUACAUUAAUGACAAGUCAACAGGCUCGGUAGUUGGGCAACAGCCGUUUGGCGGUGGUCGCAUGUCUGGGACUAAUGAUAAAGCUGGAGGACCUAACUACGUAAUGCGUUGGACCUCACCACAAUCUAUCAAGGAAACAUUCGUACCCCUGCGUGAGAUAGACUACCCGUACAUGAGAGAU